AUCCUAGUAGGGUUCCUGGGGGAAUUUAGGAGGACAGGGGUGGGGGGUGGGGCACUCUGGCUUUGCCCUUUCUGAUCCCCACGGAGAUGGGAUUCAUUGGCGCCAGCAGGAUGCAACCCCUGCCCUGUGCGGUCCUUCCUGACCCCUCUCUGGUUCCCGCAGGGUCCUGGCAAGAGGCCCUCAGCCGGAGCCUGUGUACGUGCUGCCACCGAGCCCUCGGCUCCACUGUGGGACCGGCCCCCCUGGCUCCUGUGCUCCCAGCCUCCCCGCUCCUGCUGAACCACUCUUGGGCCACAUCAGGCCAGGGGCAGGGAGGGAGCAAGAUGGGAGGAGGGAACUGCUUCUGGAAGGAGAAGUGGGCCAUGCUCCCCAGUGCAGUGAGUUCCUCCCCAGAGGGAUCUGCAGGGCCUCUACUUGCACUUGGCACUGAGUCCGUCCCUGGCGCCUCGCCUCUGUUUGCUCCUGUCCUCACUCUGCUUUAAUGGGACUGUGAAAGUUACAUGGGGCGUUGAGCCCUGACCCUGGCUCCCACGCUCUGCUUCCUGGGGGUGGCCGCUGCCUGCCCUGCAGACCUCUGCCCACCAGCCCCUCUGGGACAUCAGGCUUGAUUGUGAAAGCAUGGUUUCCGCUGCCUGUCCUGGGCCUCCCUCCCUCCCUUCAUCAGCCUCCGAGUUCCACAUGGUUCAGACCAGCCUACGCAUCUCAGAAAUCUGAGUAUUUGGUGACAAAUAAGCAUAGACAUAGUUUCAGGACAUGACUUAGUGACCGAACAACAACAAAUCUUAGCGUGAACAAAACCUUGCUUCUCAUAGUUGAGCUUGGGGGCAGAAUGACGUUACCUUAGCUCAGUUGGUAAAGAAUCUGCCUGCAAUGCAGGAGACCCUGGUUCAAUCUCUGGGUUGUGAAGAUCCCCUGGAGAAGGGAAAGGCUUGCCCACUUCAAUAUUCUGGCCUGGAGAACUCCGUGAACUGUAUAGUCCAUGGGGUCGCAAAGAAUCAGACAUGACUGAGUGACUUUCAUAUACUUUUAGUUUCCUAACUUCAGAGGGGUGUGUAUUUUUCUAGUAAUUCAUGGUAAUUGUUUACUUGUAGGAGCGUUAAGAAAAAAAUUCUCAAGGUGGGCAAUCCUGAUAAUGAAUCUGUUUCUGGUCUUCUCGUUCUGGAAGGGAACAGUGUCUUGCUGGCUGGCUGACGUUGGGAAAGUUUCUUUGCCCAAGUCUUAUUUCUUUGAAUGGAGCUGUGGUCUUGGCAGGUUAUUGCAUUUAGUGUGGGCUUGUGGGGAAGUUUCACUUCUAUGGGCCAAUCCCUCCCUGGCACCCAAACACAAGUAUUGAACGUAAAGCUGAGGUUUAUUUAGCUUUUAUUAUCUGCUAGAUGCCAUUCUUAGCUCUGCACAUUUCCUUAUUUAAUCCUGCCAAUACCCCCACUUUCCAGAUGAGAAAACUGAGUCACAGAGAAGUAAUUUCCAAAGGUCAGACAGCACGGGUCUCACCCAGGCAUUAAGGUUCCAAAGCAGGUACACUUCACCCCUGCACCCUACGAGCCAGGUGGUGAGUAGGUGAAUGAAUGAGUGAACACAUGAAGGCCUUCGUGUUUGAACUGGAUGUGGCUAGUUGUUGCCUUUUAAAAGAUUGUAAUUUAUUUUUUUAUUUUUGUGGUUAUGCCAUGUGGCUUACAGGAUCUUAGUUGCCCAACCAGUGAUCAAACAUGUGCCCCCUGCAGUGGAAGCAUGGAGUCUUAACCACUGGACCACCACGCAAGUCCCUCAAAAAGUUUUAAAACGUAUUUUUAAACUGUUUGUUUAAAACCGUCUGUUUUCCUGGAGAAACAAACAGAACGUGCAGAGCAGUUUCAGUUGGUCUCCUUAAGGGAACCCCCGCCCCGGUCCCCAGCUGGGUGAUGACAUUUAUGCACUGCCACCAGGCCCUGUGCUUCCUUGUGAAUCUGGCUCUGGUUAUGCAACGUUCCUUUUCUUCCUUUUUGCGAGACCUUUUCACAGCGCCAGUUUCAGGGCUGGUCAGCAUGGCUGGGAGCAGCACACAGGUCCGGCGACUCUGGGAAGCUGGGGGCCGUGAAGUGUCCUCGUGCCCUGCCAAGUUUCUGGCUCCGGGGGCAUCAUCAACACCUGCUUCUCUGUGCUGUGACAAAGCGUUCAGGCCUGCAGGGCUGAGCCCCGCCAUGGAGGACGGCCGCGAGCUGGAUCUCACCUACAUCACCGAGCGCAUCAUCGCCGUGUCCUUCCCCGCGGGCUGCUCUGAGGAGUCUUACCUGCACAACCUGCAGGAGGUGACGCGCAUGCUACGCUCCAAGCAUGGGGACAACUACUUGGUAUUAAACCUCUCGGAAAAGAGAUAUGACCUUACGAAGCUUAACCCAAAGAUUCUGGACGUGGGCUGGCCGGAGCUGCACGCGCCACCCCUGGAUAAGGUGUGCACCAUCUGCAAGGCGCAGGAGGCCUGGCUGAACAGCGACCCCCAACACGUGGUCGUUAUUCACUGCAGGGGUGGAAAGGGACGCAUCGGCGUGGUCAUAUCAUCUUACAUGCACUUCACCAAUGUCUCGGCCAGUGCUGACCAGGCCCUUGACAGAUUUGCAAUGAAGAAGUUUUAUGAUGAUAAACUUGCAGCUUUAAUGCAGCCAUCCCAGAAACGGUAUGUGCAGUUUCUCAGCGGGCUCCUGUCAGGAACGGUGAAGAUGAAUGCCUCGCCCCUGUUCCUGCAUUUCGUCAUCCUGCACGGAACCCCCAACUUUGACUCGGGUGGAGUGUGCCGGCCCUUUCUCAAGCUCUACCAGGCCAUGCAGCCCGUGUACACGUCGGGGAUCUACAAUGUUGGCCCAGAAAACCAAAGCAGGAUCUACAUCGCCAUCGAGCCGGCCCAGCUCCUGAAAGGGGACAUCAUGGUGAAGUGCUACCACAAGAAGUACCGCUCAGCCACCCGCGAUGUCAUUUUCCGCCUGCAGUUUCACACCGGGGCCGUUCAGGGCUACAGACUUGUGUUUGCGAAGGAGGAUUUGGACAACGCGAGCAAAGAUGACCGUUUUCCUGAUAAUGGGAAGAUUGAGUUAGUCUUCUCAGCCACUCCUGAGAAGAUUCAAGGAUGUGAACAUUUGCAGAAUGACCACAGAGUAAUUGUGGACUUCAACACAGCAGACCCGCUAAUCCGCUGGGACUCAUACGAGAACCUGAGUGCAGACGGUGAAGUGCUGCACACGCAGGGCCCCGUGGACGGCAGUCUUUACGCCAAGGUGAGAAAGAAGAGCGCUUCAGAUCCCAGUGUCCCAGGUGGGUCCCCCGCCGUCCCGGCCGCCAGCAGCCCAGACCACAGCGAUCACACCCUCUCUGUCAGCAGUGACUCGGGCCACUCCACAGCCUCGGUGAGGACCGACAGGACUGAGGAGCACCUGACUCCCGGAUCCAAGAGGGGCCUGAGCCCCCAGGAAAAGGCCGAGCUGGAUCAGUUGCUCAGUGGCUUUGGCCUCGAGGAUUCUGGAAGCCCCCUGAAGGAUAUGAGCGAUGCUCGCAGCAAGUACAGCGGCACCCGCCACGUUGUACCGGCCCAGGUCCACGUGAACGGAGACACCACCCCCAAGGACCGAGAGACGGACAUCCUGGAUGACGAGAUGCCCAGCCACGACCUGCACAGCGUGGACAGCAUCGGGACCCUGUCCUCCUCGGAGGGCCAUCCGUCAGCCCACCUGAGCCCCUUCACCUGCCACCAGAGCAGCCAGAACUCCCUCCUGUCUGAUGGAUUCGGCAGCACUGCCGGCGAAGAUCAGCAUGGUGCUCUGGCCCCAGAUCUGGGGCUCGCUGCGGAGCCCCUGUUCGAGCGAGAGCGGGCUUUCGGGAGCCGCGAGCCCAAGCAGCCGCAGCCUGUGCUCAGGAAGCCCUCUGUGCCUGCCCAGACGCAGGCCUACGGGCCGAGCAGCUACUCCACGCAGACCUGGGUGCGCCAGCAGCAGAUGGUGGCCGCUCACCAGUACAGCUUUGCUCCUGACGGGGAGGCCAGGCUCAGCGGCCGUGGUGCAGCAGACAGUUCUGGCCUGCUGCAGACACAGCCUAGGGUCCCGCUCACCCCCACUCGGGGGGCCAGCAGCAGAGUGGCCGUCCAGAGGGGCAUAGGCCCUGGGCCACAUCCUCCCGAUAUACAGAGACCCCCUCCUGGCAAAGCAGCCUUCAAACCCAGGAUUCCAGAUGUCAAAGUCGUGAAUGGUGCUGGCCCAGAGCUGGGCACAGACCUGUCCCCAGGCUCACCCACCCUGGACAUCGACCAGUCGAUCGAACAGCUCAACAGGCUGAUCUUGGAGCUGGACCCCACCUUUGAGCCCAUCCCCACCCACAUGAACAUGUCGGGCAGCCAGGCCAACGGCCCCAUUCCCCCAGAUGGCAUGGCAGGCGGGCUACGGGCCAGUGGCCGCCUGCAGGACACAGGAGAUGGCCCUGGCAGGGCCCCAGUGAGGCAAGGGGAUGAGCCACACGGUGGAAGAUACCGGAAGCUGAGCCUUGAGCAGUAUGAUAACGAAGCUGGGGAGCAGCCCACCUUCUCCAAAUGCACCUGGGGAAAGACCACCAGUUCAGAACAGACUCCAGGCCUGGCGCCUUUUCUCUCCCCAGACAACGCCAAAGAGGCAGUGAUCACCACGUAUCCCCCAGACCUGGAUGUGAUCGAUGGCAGGAUCUUCUCUCCAACCAACAGUGGCAGUGAAUCCAUCUCUCCCACCCCUGCAUUUCCUGUGUCUCCAGAAACGCCGUAUGGGACAACAAGCCCACGUUACUCUCCAUUCAGCCCAUCCGUGCCACAGAUGGGCAGCCCCAGUGCUCUGUAUAAAGGAGCUCAUGAACCCCGAGGCUGCCCUGAGAUUCUCAGUCAUUCUGUGGGGAUGUCAGAGAGCCCUGUUGGACCCAAACCCACGAUGCUCCGGGCCGACAUGCCCACAGCGCCCUCCUUCCAGCGGGCAUUCACGUCCUCCUGCACCAUUUCCGGGAACAGCCCCAGCCAGAGGAGAGGGAGCCCUUCCUCAGCUGAGCACCAGUGGGUGGAGACCAGCCCCAAGUCCACGCUGACCCUCCUGGGGGGCAGCCGGCCUGGCAAAGACGGCCCUGCGCGGCCCCACUUCCCGCCUGCUGACCUCCAGACAUCCUUCCACAGCCCCGAGCUGUCCCUGACGGAGCCGCCGGAAGCUCUGGGUCCCCCGAGCAGCCAGGCCUUCCUGAGCUUCAGCACUGCCCCCAUGGUGGGAGGUGGGCUCCCCGCCGGGGAGGACCCCGGGGCCUUGCUGGCCAAUUCCCACGGAGCAGCCCAGGCCCCUGGCAACCCACUGACGGCAGCUGAGGCUGCCGACAACAGCUUCCUGUCCCACAGCUUUCUCACGGUGGCAUCUGGACACAGCGGCCACCACAGCCCGGUCCUGCAGGGCCCGGGACUGGCUCUGCCUGGGCAGCCGCCCCUUCCCGAGAAGAAGCGGACCUCAGAGGGAGAUCGGUCUUUUGGCUCCGUCUCGCCAUCCUCCAGUGGCUUCUCCAGUCCUCACAGCGGGAGUACCAUGAGCAUCCCUUUUCCAAACAUCAUCCCGGACUUUUCCAAGGCUGCCGAGGGGGCAGCACCUUCCCCAGAUAAUCCAGGUGAUAAGCACGUGUCUGUAAACUUUGUUCAGGAUACAUCCAAGUUCUGGUACAAGGCGGACAUCUCCAGAGAGCAAGCCAUCGCCAUGCUGAAGGACAAGGAGCCCGGGUCAUUCAUCGUCAGGGACAGCCACUCCUUCCGAGGCGCCUACGGCCUGGCCAUGAAGGUGGCCACACCCCCGCCCUCUGUCCUGCAGAUGAACAAGAAAGCUGGAGAUUUGGCCAAUGAACUUGUUCGGCAUUUUUUGAUUGAGUGUACCCCAAAAGGAGUGCGGUUGAAAGGGUGCUCCAAUGAACCAUAUUUCGGGAGCCUGACGGCUUUGGUGUGUCAGCAUUCCAUUACGCCCUUGGCUUUGCCCUGCAAACUGCUCAUUCCGGAUAGAGAUCCAUUGGAGGAAAUAGCCGAAAAUCCUCAGCAAACAGCGGCCAACUCUGCGGCCGAGCUGCUGAAGCAAGGGGCAGCCUGCAAUGUGUGGUACCUGAACUCCGUGGAGAUGGAGUCCCUCACGGGCCACCAAGCCAUCCAGAAGGCCCUGAGCAUGACCCUAGUCCAGGAGCCACCUCCCUUGUCCACAGUUGUGCACUUCAAGGUGUCGGCCCAGGGCAUCACCCUGACAGACAACCAGAGGAAGCUCUUCUUCCGGAGACACUACCCCGUGAGCAGCGUGAUCUUCUGUGCGCUGGACCCACAGGACAGAAAGUGGGUCACAGACGGCCCUUGCUCGAGAGUCUUUGGAUUUGUGGCCCGGAAGCAGGGCAGUGCCACGGACAACGUGUGCCACCUGUUUGCAGAACAUGACCCCGAGCAGCCGGCCAGCGCCAUUGUCAACUUCGUGUCAAAGGUCAUGAUCGGCUCCCCUAAGAAGAUCUGAGCCCUCACAGCCCAGAGACUCCAGAGGGGCUGACGUGACCCUGGUAGUCCAGCACCAGGAGGGAAAGGGGCUCCUCCGACUUUUCAAACAUGAGAACAAACAACCUUGCCGCCUGUGGCCUCAAUUGAGGGGCACAGCUCAUGGAUGCAUUUCUGGGCAGAGGAAGUUGGACAUCAGGUGCGCCCAUCCAGUCCCCGCUCGGGAAAGAACCAUUCAAGGAGACGUGGGGACCCCUGUUCCUCGCACUCUGGUGUUUAUGGGAAGGAGGGGAGCCCAGUUUGCUCCCCGUGGCCCUGAGUGCCUCGUCACUGCCAUGUCAGAGCGCUCCUGGCCAGUGGACAUGCCAGGACCUCUGUCCUCCCACAAUGGAGAUAUUGAUUAACCUGAGAAGGGGAUGCAUGUUGGUUGAAGGUUCGUGCAGGUCAGGCCCUCCUGGAGCACUAUGGCAUCGUGGGCAAGGGGACGAUGUGAUGGGCGGCGAGGACAAGAAAGGUCACAUUGGUCACAGUGAGGCCAGAGCCCAAGCGUGGGGACAGCUCCCCACCUCCGCUCACAUACCAGGUCUGAAUGGCGCACUGGGCCAUGAGAGGGAAAAGUGAAAAGAUAGGAGAAAAGCCCCAUUUCCAUAUAAUUUAUAUUUUACUUUUGCCAAGUUAUUUAUGAUAACAGUUUGCCUUUGUUAUGCUGUACUGGUGUCUACAUGCUGCCGUCUGCCAAGGUCAGGGUUCUAAGAGGAGCGUCUACCCCCAGUCAGAUGUACCAGGAGUGCAGUAUGGACUCUUUUGGCCAUGCUCUCAGCUGUCAUUGCCCAAGGGUGGCUGCCAAAACUGGCUUUGCCUCAAGCAGCCUUCCAAAUGCUUGACCAUCCAUAUUUGGUUUCCACAAGCAGCCUUCCGAACACUUGACCAUCCACGUGUGGUUUCCUGGCUGCAGAUACAGCCUUUCUGGGGAGGAAGGCCUUGAGAGGUGGGACACGAUUAGUUUGAGACUCAGGCUUGCUCUGUAUCACUUAGGGCCUGGGAAAGCUCACCACCCCAGAACUGUUGACCUGCGGGAGUGCUCAUCUGUCUCCACCUGCCUGUUGUCUCCCACUGGGAUCCAUGUGUUCUGGAACCUGAGCAAGGGGAGGUGUUCUACACUGGUUCCCAGCUCUUCUGCAUCAUCUUAGGCACCAAAUCAGGCAUGCUGUUUAUACUCAUGUGCAUGUUGCUAAGUGGAGGUCUGUCCACCUGAAUCUGGCAGUGGUCUGGGGUUUGGGAGAAACCAGUGGUCUUGCAGGCUCCCCAGAGCAAGAGACAGAGCUGGGCAACAUCGUCAUAAAGCCCCCGUCUCCCUCCCAUCACCCCAGAUGUUCACGCCGCGGCUCUCCAUCCCCGAAGAACUGUCCAUCUCCUCCGCUUCCCAAAUCAAGCACCAGCUCUUCAAACACCAGGAAUCACUGCGGCAGUCAUCACACUAGUGUUUGAAAAUGUGCUCUGUGGAUUCUUUGUUUCUAAAGUGGGGCAGAGACAGCGACAGCAGAGGUGGGAUCCACCGAAUCCAGUGGGCACUGUUUGUGUGCAUGAGUGUGUGUGUGUGUGUGUGUGUGUGUGUGUGUGAAAGCAGGUGGGUGAGUCCACUGUUUAGCUUCUAUUGAUGCACCAACACAAGUGCCUCGUUUCUGUGCCAAAUGUUUGCCUUGGUCCUUGCGGACCCUCUUCUCUGACAUGUGGUGGCAUGGCCGAGGAGAAUGUGCCGGUGUCUCCCAGAGGCCUGAUGCCUUGGUCGCUGGGGUGGGGACAUCUUGCAUUUCAGUUUUUCAUUCACAGCAGAACUCAGCGAAGAGGAGCAGAGGUUUGUGCUGGCUCCCAAAGGGGCCUCCUCCUGAGAUGCUGGUCCACAAGUUUGACCCAUAGACUGCAGGCGAGGUCCCUUAUCCUUCUGACAGAGGAAGAAAGGGCUCACGAGGGGUUCUGGACUUAGUAGCAUCAACUGCCCCAGUCACAGAGGGACCUUCUCCCACCCGUGGCUGUCCUUGUCCAGAUCAUGCAAGCCCUGACAUUUGGUUUUUAAACUGACUGGCAGCUGAGCCUUUUUCUCUCAGUGGUCAAGGAAGUUUCCUCCCAGCAACCGGCUCCCUCUGGAGUAAGGAAUGAAAGGAAUUGAGUUUCCUGGUUUCUGAGGAGCUGGUACAACAGUGUGUUACAUAUGCAUAAAAUGGAACAAGACAAGUCCGUGAACUUUGUGCUCAGACCUUGGGCAGCCCCACCACCAACACUGGCUCUGGGCAGGCAGGGAAGGAACAUCCCCAGGCAUCUGGGGUGCCCAUGGACACAGGGGUACUGUGCUGGAUUGUGCACGAGGACUGAACCCCACUAGCAUCAUAGCCUCAUAGCCAGAGCCUGUUAACCUGCUCAUUAACCUAUGCUGUAUUCCUCCAGUGUUAACCUGUAAACGUGUUAAGUCACACCGCAUUUAAGGGUCUCUGUGUGUAUUCUCGGCAUCAGAGACCUAAUUGUGUCUCCUUCUCUGCCUUACCUAGUAGUGGAUAUUUUUACUUUUCUUAUAUUGUAAAGAAUAUAUCCAGUAUGUAAAUGAAUGUUCUAUAAAUCCUUUGUAUAGUCAUUUUCUCUGCUCUUUAAAUAUCACCUCUAUUCAGAGUAUAAUAAAAGUAUAAACUUGA